AUGCCAGUAAUAAAGAUAGGACCAACUUACAAUUCUCUUCAACAAUACAAAGUUAACGAUGACAAACAUCCCUUAUUUGUCAACUCCUCACACUUCACCGGCUACAUAACCGUUAGAUUACAAAAUCAUCAUCAUAAAAAUGACCCGGUCACAAAGUCUUGUUCAUACUUUGAAAAUCGUCGUAGAUUUUUCUCAUUUCAAUUUCAAGGACGUUUUAAACCAACAAAUCCUAAUAGAGAUGAUCAUUUAUGGACUUUUGAUGAUAUACUGUUCUGUGCGGAAACAGAGUCUAGCAUUAAUCCUCCCAUGGGCUCUUCACUUGCUGUUAGAUUUGCAGGAUACAUUGAUCCCGGUUUUAAUGCUGAUGGGAUGUUCUUAAAAAAAAGACCUUGGGUUGGUAGUUGGUUAAUUUGCGGUAUGAAUGUUGUUAAAGUUUGGAAAGCUGAAUCUGACAAUAUCUCUAUGAGGAAAGUUACGAAAUCACAAAUACAUCAUUCAUCUCCAGUUCCAACUUUCGAAAACAAUGCUUCACCUUUAUUGCCCAUCGAACCUUGGGUUUAUUACGGUAAACAUAAUAUUGAAGAAGACACCAAAGUCAUCCUGCCUGAAGAGAAUUUUAAUUCUUCAAAACGUCGUAACUAUUUUUCUCAACAGUCUAAUCGUAAAGAUUACGUCUUUAACCCUUCUCACAUAUAUUGUUGCGACUUUUUCAAUAAUUUUACAAACUUUUCUACGAUGAAUGCGGAUAUGAUUAUUAAAUUUAGCAUGUCCAAUGUGUUGAGAAAUCAACCACUUAGAUUUGUGUGUAGAAACAGAGGAGGUGAUGCUAUAUUUUUUGUCAUAGAAAUUGACUAUUCGGAUCUUUUAAAAUAA